AUGACACUUGAGUAUCAAAGCGAAGGCGUUUGGCUUCGUACUGAGGUGGUCGGUUUCUGUGCUGAAUUCAUCGACAUGGUGAAAUUUGCUGCCUUUCUCACAAAAUUGUCCAAUAUUGCCGGUUAUCAGCAGUUGGUUGUAUCAGAUGGCGAUUCAUCCCAAGAAAUGGAAGAAGACGAAGACGAUUCGCAAAGUGAUCAAUCGGAUGAAUACAUCUCGAUGAAUCCUGAAUACAGCAUCUUGAAAGACUACACUGCAAUGGCUGUGACUCCUCAGCAUAUUGAGCUGGUUGUCGCGGGACAGGCACAUCGUUUUGGACAUGGACCUCUGGUUCCUCGUCCGCUUCCGCGUCCUCUUCCGCGUGGUCGUGGUCGUGCCGGUGCUCAAGGGGCUCCAGGCUAUGAAUACAGAAAGGCUCCAACACAGCCUAAGGACAAAUGGAUGGCCUACGUCAUCCCAGGCGUGAUUCUACAGGCCUUGGCAAACCAACAAUACGUGGAUGUCUUUGAGGUCGACCUAUAUAUUGAAUUCGACGACGGUGAUCUUCAGAGCGACUUCGAAACGGCUCUCAAGGCGAACAACUAUUUUGCCAAGAAA